AAAGAACCUGUUGCGCCUGAUGUUAAGUCGAACGCCAGUGACGUCAUAUCGCUAGCUGAUGCAUUAUACCGCAUAGGGGGUACAAGAGAUCCCGUAAAAAGCUCUUGACCAGUGACGUUACACACUCAGGAGAUUCGACAGAGCCUUCAUUCAGCAUGCCAAUACUUCCAAGAGACAGGCACCAAAGGUAUUCAAAUUUUGUAGGUCAAAGUGUAACAAAGCUUUUAAGAAAAAGAAGAACCCGAGGAAGGUUGCAUGGACAAAGGCAUACAGAAAGUCCAGGGGGAAAGACUUAGCAGUAGAUCCUUCAUUUGAAUUUGAGAAGAGGAGAAAUGCACCCACCAAGUAUGACAGAGAACUGUGGACAAAAACAGUGGAGGCGAUGAAGCGCGUGCAGGAGAUCCGGCAGCGGCGCGAGUACCAGCACAUCCGCAACCGGCAGAAGGUGGGCGAGGCGAUGGAGCGGGCCAAGGAGCGGCGAGAGGUGCAGCGCGACCUGGCGCUGAUCCGCUCGCCGGCGGCGGGCCUGCGCCGGGCGCUCGUCACCGUCCAGCACGAGCACGACGACGAGAUGGAGGCCGAGGAGGCGGUGGCUGCCGAGCGGCGGCUCGAGCCUCGCCACGAGCUCGAGAGCGACGAGGACGAGCGGAUGGCGGUGGCAGAGCAGGCGAUCGGCGGCGACUGAGAGCGGCGCGCCGGCCAGACAGCGGGCGGAGCAGUGGCGCUCAAGUGGCCUGGGUGGCGUUGUGCGCUGCGCGACGGGGAUCACGACACGGCGAAUACACAAACGGAUGCCGGUG